GGGACAAAAAAUCUUUUUUCUUUGCUUGUUGCUUGCAAAGAGGGUUGUUUUUCCCGUGGUUCAGUGAGGAACAGAAAAAAUCUUGUUCCAAUUCGGUCACUUAUUUUUUUAGCGGCAUAAAAAAUUAGCGAUGAAAAUGCAAUUUAGCCGAAUAUUCCGCGUCACAAUCUACCUAUCUUCAUCUUGAACGCGAAAGAUAAAACAAGACACAAGACAAACAAACUCUGGUCUUCGCCUAGUCUUGCCUACCUCUCCAAAUCUGUACUACAGUGUUUUUGUGAGAGUACACUCAAAAAGUCAAAAUUGUUGAACUACAAAUAUCGUUCAUAUUGAAGAAGCAUUGAAUCCACUUUGGGAUCUGAAUCUUCCAAAUGCACUUGCUUCCCACACUUCUUCCAUUGCAAUAUCCUUCCUUCACCCGAUGAAGCUAAUUCGUCAGAGGAUCUUAAUUAUCUCUCUCCUCUUUAUCUCCCUUGUUGCUCCUCUCAUUUUCCUCGGGAGAAGAGAGUUCCUUGAAGAUUUGUAUCGUGUUACAUAUAGGACGGAUACUUUGAACUUAAAACAACAGAUUCAAGACGGUUCUGAAGAAUUAGAAGAGCCAAAUCAAGUUGUUCAUAAAGAAAAAGAUGUUUCAACAAUUAGUUACAGUUCAAACGAGAAUAACGAUGCCGAUGAACCUAGAAUUCAAGUGUUUGAAAGAAAUGGAUUCGGCCAUGAUGGCAGACAAGACGAGGAUGCUCGGAAAAAAUAUUCAUCCUCCACGGACGAAGAUACAAAUGUACAUGCUAUUCCACAUAGAACGUCGAAGGAGAAUAUUAGUGUGACAAAUAGGCCAUCAGAUCGAAUAGAAGACCGUCAUCAUCUUUUAAAUCCACACUCUCAAGAAGUGAAAAAUCAAAAGGUUCGAGAGAUUAAGGAUCAAAUUUUAAUGGCUAAAGUAUACUUGAAGUUUGCGCCACCAGGCAGCAACUCCCGCUUGAAGGAACUGGAGCUGCAAAUGAAAGAGAUGGAACGAGCAGUAGAAGGAGCCACCCGGGAUUUAGAUUUGUCUAGGAGUGUUUUGCAGGCAAUGAGACACAUGGAGGCCUCACUGUCUAGUGUCGGCCGUGCUUUCUCAGACUGUUCUUUGGUUUCUAAGCUUCAAGCAGUGAAGCGCAAAACUGAAGAGCAAGUUCGUUCUCAGAGAAGCCAAGCAACAUAUCUUGUUCAUCUUGCUGUAAGGACUGCCCAAAAAAGCUUUCACUGUCUUUCUAUGCGGCUGACUGCUGAAUAUUUUGCCCUGAGGCCUGAGGAGAGAAAGCUUCCAAAUGAGAAUAAGAUUCAUCAUCCAGAUCUUUAUCAUUAUGCUGUCUUCUCUGACAAUGUUCUGGCAUGUGCAGUCGUUGUUAACUCUACUGUCUCUACAGCCAAGGAACCAGAGAAACUUGUUUUCCAUAUAGUGACUGAUUCACUCAACUUGCCAGCGAUCUCAAUGUGGUUCUUGAUAAACUCUCCCGGCAAUGUCACAGUCCAUAUACAGAGCAUAGACAACUUUGAAUGGUUGUCGAAAUACAAUACCUUCUUUAAAAAUGGUAACGGCGAUCCAAGAUAUACUUCUGAAUUGAUCUACUUGCUUUUCUACCUGCCAGAAAUUUUCCCUGCCCUAAAUAAGAUUGUGGUCUUUGAUCAUGAUGUGGUGGUUCAACAAGAUCUCGGUGGGCUAUGGAAUACCAAUUUGAAGGGAAAUGUUAUCGGAGCAGUUGGAACUUGUCAGGAAGGCAAAGCCCCAUUUCAUAGGAUUGAUGCGUUCAUAAACUUCUCAGAUCCACUAAUUGGCCGGAGUUUUGACGUCAAUUCUUGCACAUGGGCGUUUGGGGUGAAUUUGUUUGAUUUGCAACAAUGGAGAACACUUAAUUUAACGGCUGUUUAUCACAAAUAUUCACAAAUGGGUUCUAAGAAGCCAUUAUGGAAUUGGAACGUUGCACGUAUGCCUUUAGGUUGGCUCACCUUCUAUAACAAGACAGAGUUGUUGGACAGACGAUGGCACAUUCUUGGCCUCGGUCAUAACUCGGGAGUCGAUCGAAAUGAGAUUGAUCAGGCUGCCGUUAUACACUAUGAUGGGAUUAGGAAGCCAUGGUUAGAUAUUGCAAUGGGCAGAUAUAGAGGUUAUUGGACCAAAUUUUUGGAUUUUGACCACCCUUUUCUGCAACAGUGCAAUCUCCAGGUUUAGUUCAAAAUCCAAAACUGUCCUUCUGACCUCGGCUUCUAUUGUUGACAAAUCUGGUAGAACAUUAAUCGCUUGAUUCACUUUAUUCUUUCUGAGAUUCUUGUUGUAUAGCUCUCCAUGCCUCCCAAAAAUGUCUCUCUAAUUUACUCUUACAGUCAAGAUAAGUGUCAGUGAGGAGUGUUUUAGUGGACACUGAUGCUACUGCUUCUUCUGAGUCUACACGUUACAUAGGUGCUCUCUUAAUUCAUGCCAAUGUUCUUUGUUAUUUUGUUCCACGUGGCACUGUACUAUAGUUUACAUGGAAGAAAAAUUUAAGAAUUAGAGAUGAUGGUUGCAUUUUGAAUUUUUUGUGAGGGUGAUUUGAUCUUUUAUCUUUACAUAGUGGAAAGGAAAGACCACUGUGGUCUUUCCAAUAGCCAAGACUAAUUGAACGUAGCUCUGUUUCAUUCUCUGGUGGUUAUGGAACGACCGAAAAUCAGAAGCGAAACUGGAUAGCAACCAAGGUUAGAAAGGUCUGGAUUCUGUUGUGGCUGAAGAGGGCUGUUAUAUCUCUCAACAUUGUUAGAUUAGUUCAAAAUUGUCAUUCAUUUUGAUUAAUUUUUUCACUUGGUUGUGCUAUGGCCCCUCAAAUAUUUUGAUGAUAUUGCUAUCUGUUUUGAAUGGAAUCAGUUGUUUGUGUGGUUGCUGAUAUUUUAUUUGUUUCACAUGCCCUCCAAAAAAAGUUAUAGUAAAAGGGGUUACUUGGUUUAAGAA